ACGGAAUGUAAAUAAAGUAGCAUCACUCAGUGGAACCGCUACAUCCAAUCAGACUCAAAAGUGGUUGUCGUUGUUUUACUAUCAGUGUUUUAGGGUGUUUGACAACACUCCAUGACUCGGGGUAGGAGGACUAAGUUGGAGCCCUGGAUGGAGCAGGUCAUCCUGAGUUAUGGCACAGAGCCAAAGGAGGAGCAGAAGAACACUCUGAUGAAGGCGCAUGUUGUUGGGGAGCCAGUUUUACUUAUCGGUUGGUGAGCUGACCACCACAUCAGAUGGGGCUGCUAAAGACAACAGCCCUUGCUGCACAUCGCUCAACUCAGUCAGACAAAAGAUCUGUACAACAUGUAGAUCCCUGCUUGCACAGGAUUCUAUCCAUACUCAGAACACCCAGUCUGAGUUCAGUCUGUCAGAGCUGCUGGGGGAGUGGCGCCAGUCUCUGUUGAAGGAUGUGAUGGAACUCUUGAGGACACCCACAAACCCCCCCUCCCCACAGCCCACCACCUCCACCUCCAACACCCUCACUGGCACCAGAUGGGCUAUUGAAAGGUUCAGAUAUAAGAGGAGAGUAUGGAUGGUGUCAGGGGUGACCGGAGGAGCAGUGGCGAGCCCAUGGGACAUGUUUGCUCCAGCAGCUGAGCUGCUCAGGACCUCCUCUGCAUCUGACGAGCUCUUCUCCCCCCAGAAGAGCCAGUCUCUGCUCGACCCCACUCCACAACCAGUCACCCUUGCAAUGUUUCCCCUGGCAACCACCACCCAGGUGCCAACCCUGACCCAUGAGGCCACCCAAAGGUCAGGCGAGCGCUCCCUUCCUUCUUAUCAAAAACCAGGCCCCUCUCACAGCCUACUCCCCUCCAGUGGCGGCUCCUCCACUGUGAGUCUAUCUACAAAGCACCAACACUCUGGCAUGAAGCUCCACCACAGUGGCUCAACCACAACACAUCAACUUCCAGUUACGGAGCAGCAAGAUCAGGUGGAGGAAGAGGAGGAUGUUGUGAAGAGGUGUAGGAAGGUUAAGAAGAAGAGUUCUGUGCAGACCCCCGAGGAUAAUGAUAUCACCUGGGAGGAGGAAAAUAUGCAGAAGAACCGCAGCCUGCCCUCCUGGAUGUUUCCAGGAUUGGGGAGGGAAGCAGCUGCAAACAGAAGGCAGUUGCAGCAAUAGCCCCCCGGAGGCCCUCCAAUGUUCACAGUGAUGGCACUUCGUUCUCAUAUUCUUAUCAGCUGUGUGGCCGCAUUUCGAAGGAUCUAAGCCACAUUUCGAAGGAUCUAAGCCACAUUUCGAAGGAUCUAAGCCACAUUUCGAAGGAUCUAAGCCAUUUAAAGAUUCCUGAUGGCAUAGUGCACUGGGCUGUACGGUACCUGGUCCCUUCCAUGCAGACAGAGGUUGUCAAGGACACACAGCUGCGACCCCAGACUCACCCCAAUCUUCCCAUUGUGUUGAAUCCAUAGUGUACAGAGGCAGCUUUGUUUUUUUUUAUGAAUCUCUAUUGUUAUGUUCAUAUAACAUUCUGAAUAUUGAUAAAUAAAUAUACAUUAGUAAUUGAAUUGUGUCAACUCUAGAUGCAGGCAAAUGUGAACUUAGCAACUUUUAAUUUGUCAACAGCAAGAUAAUUUCAUUGUCAGUUACUCAGAUAUUUUUUCCUUAAUUUUACUUUUGAAUAACACACAUGCACUUAUUUCCUUAUGCAAACAUUCACUGGCUGCUAUAAUAAAAUACAAAUCAUAUCAGAUGUCCUCUAGAAUAAUUUGAACAAAAUAUAAGCACAACAAAAUUAGUCACAGUUACAUAGUGCUUUAAACAAUUAUAUCUACUCAAUGGAAGCCAGUGUCAUGUGGUGGUUGGGUGGGGGCUUGCCCUGCGUAUUCCUGAAGAGGUGAAGGCAUAGAGGAAAGGGUUGAGGGAGCUGUUGAUGAUGAUGAAACCCAUGAGGACGUUCCAAGCUGAGUCACACACAUUCUCCACAACCUCGUUCUGCACGGCCAAGUUCACCAGGGCCAGCAGGUUGAACAGGUGCAGCAGAGUCCAGAAGCAGAAGAAAAGAAGGACACAACGAUGCAGAUGACCAGCUUGGUCACCCUCCGCUGCCUGAACAGGGCCGCCUGUCUCACCCUCCUGUGGAGGUAGAAGUAGGACGCCACCAGGAUGCAGCAGGGAACUACAAAUCCCAGCAGCAUUUGGACAAGUAGGAUGGCCAUUUCUUGUCUGAGGCUCUGGAAGUGUGAGCUGCAGGAUUUGCCGCCGUCGUAUGUCUUGAUGUCAAGGACAGAGAAGGCGGGAGAGGCAAUGAACCCUGCCAGCCCCCACAGGGAGGAGUGCCUCUUCCCUCAUACGGCCUAGCCGCGCCCAGCUGUGGGGGUACAGCACCUGGACGCAGCGCUGCACACUCAGCAGGGUGAUGGUCAGCACACUACCAUUCAGGCUGCAAUAGAUCAGGAAGAAGAGCAGCUUGCAGGUGGCGGGGCCUAGAUCCCAGGCCCUCUGUAGGUUGUUGAUAACUAGAGGCAGGCAUAGCAAGACCAUCAGGUCACACAGUGCCAGAUUCAGCAUCAGGCUAUCAGAACCACCACAUUCCCAUGGAUUCCCACAAUGCAACAGAAGCCCGUGAUCACGCUGGGCAACACACGGGUCAUGUGCCAGUAAGGAUAGGACUGAGUGCUGCAUAGGGCCGAACUGUCCAGACUAUAAAAAUCCACAGAGAAUGCUGGUUAGAAACUCAACAGGGAUGUCUCACUACCUGUCUGGCUGGCCUGACGGAGACACACUAAGCUCUGAGUUGUUCCCCAGAUUGCCUUCACUACUGGUGGUAGUGAUGAUAUGCUGUAAACAAAGAGUACCUGUGUGUGACUCUGGGCCGGGCCUGUUUUGAAUAUACAACGUGUGUACAGCUCUGUGUUAUGUGAAGGUAACAGCCUACCAACAUGACACACUCAUGUAUAGCCUCCUGACCCGUGAGAGUUACAGGAAAACCUCAACGGAGGCCCCUAAAACCCUCACAAACUUUUACAGAUGCACAAUUGAGAGCAUCCUGUCAGGCUGUAUCGCGGCCUGGUAUGGCAACUGCACCGUCCGCAACCGCAGGGCUCUUCAGAGGGUGGUGUGGUCUGCCCAAAACAUCACCGGGGGCAAACUACAUGCCCUCCAGGACACCUACACCACCCGAUGUCACAGGAAGGCCAAAAAGAUAAUCAAGGACAUCAACCACCUGCGCCACGGCCUGUUCCCGCCUCUAUCUUCCAGAAGGCAAGGUCAGUACAGGUGCAUCAAACAGAGAAGAUGUUUUUCAGUUUCUAUCAAGGUCAUCAGACUGUUAAAUAGCCAUCACUAGCAGGCUUCCACCCGGUUACGUAACCCUGCACCUUAGAGGCUGCUGCACUAUAUACAUAUAUAUUUUUUUCUUGGAAUCACUGGCCACUUUAAUAAUGUUUACAUACUGCUUUACUCAUCUCAUAUUUAUAUACUGUAUUCUAUUCUACUGUAUUUGCCUAGUUAAAUAAAGGUUAAAUAAAUAAA